UACACCAUCUGCAACAUGGCUCUUUUGCCAGCGCAUCAACGCCUUCUCGAGGAUGACGUGGACGAAGAGUAUACGGAUGAACAGAUUCGUGGUCUCUUAGAUGAUGCUGCCCAGCGUAUACGCCACAAUCAGUCCGAUGCCACCCCCGACGUCCAACUCAGACUCCCCAAGUUGGAGCCAGGCCACAUCACAGAUGCCCUCGUCACAACCAAAGGCGCGAUCACGCGGCUGGAUGCCUCCAGCCUUGUGAACCAGAAGGAGCGGGCUCUAGCGAAUGGCUUCAAGAAAAUCGAAGACCCGAUUGCUAUCAAGAAACAAAAGGAAGAGGACAAGAAAGCCACUGCAGGCUCCGACUGGUUUAACUUGCCCCGCACCGACCUCACCCCUGAGCUCCGUCGUGAUCUUCAGCUGUUGAAGAUGCGCAAUGUUCUUGAUGCUAAGCGGCACUAUAAGAAGUCUGAUUCCAAAUCAGACGUGCCAGCGUACAGUCAGGUUGGGACCGUCAUCGAAGGCCCCACUGAAUUCUACAACAGCCGCAUUGCUAACAAGGAUCGCAAACGAACCUUUGUCGAAGAAGUGCUGGCACAAGAAGAAAGCUCCGGCAAGUUCAAGAGGAAAUAUGAUGACAUCUUGAAAUCAAAGUCCAGCGGCAAAAAGGCUUUCUAUAAGGCGCUACAGGAAAAACGUAGCAAAGGGAAAGUGGUAAAACCUUGA